AUGACGAUCGCAGCGCUGAAAAGUCUGCACGCUAUCAUAGGCGACGCGAUUGCGGAUAUCGAGCGGGUGUAUGCUGCGCAUCGCGGUGGGGAUGCUGCGUCUGGGGUUAUGUCUGGGUCGGGGUUUAGCUCGCCUUGCUCGAGGACACCGGAGCCGCAGCUUGAUUGGGAAGAGAGGAUGGAUGGAGGAUGUUUGAAGUCGAAGUCGGAUUUGAAGGAGCACGAGCUCGAGAACGAGAAUGAGGAUCAGGAUCGAGAUGACGGCGAUGCGGAUGGUGUAGAUGUGGAUAUGGAUAUGGACGCGAAUCUGGGGCUGGGGCGGGACGACGGCGCGCGGACGCGGGGUAUCGAUGAUGCUUCGUCAACUUUUACAGCCACAACCAUAAUUCCAACUACAACUACAACUACGCCUACGCCUACAAUUCCGCCGCCGGGUACGCCAGGACGAACGCACUCCCACCCGCGUAUGCGCGUCUUGGUUCCAUCGCCAUCGCCAUCGUCCGUGGCGAUUCCAGCUCCAGGGUCAGGCUCAGCGUCUGUUCCAGUGCAUGCGCAUACACAUACGCAGGAGCACUCGCAUAGAUACGUCGCGCAUAGACACUCAAACUCAAAUUCGCAGGCGUAUGUUUCGCCACCGCCGUCGCCUUCUACGUAUACAUAUACACACACGUCUGCGGAUGCGGAUGCGACUACUUCUUCAGGAGUGGGAGGAGGAGUGGAGACGCCCGCUAAGAACGCUAAGAACAAGAAGGAGGGCGAUGGAAAUGAGAAUGGGAAUGGUGAUGCGAUAUUGGAGAAUCCAAGGGUUGUUACGACGGAGUGUACACCACCUGGAACAGGAACAUUACACGCUUUAUCGACGUCCCCGUCAAGGCGCGCGGUACCGCCGUUCUCUCCAGUAUCAGCACCUCUUACAUGCGAAGCCAUCAGCAAGUCUUUACCGCAACCCGUAACCGCACCCGCACCACUACCGCAUUCAAACCCACCAUCACAUUCAAAUCCACCACCACCACAUUCAAACCCCAACCCCAACCUCAACCCACCACCACCACCAAACCCACAUACACCCGACUUCCCCUCCCUAGACAACCCCUACAACCCAACAUCGCUAAGCGAGGCGCUGACAGCGCACCCGGCGGUGCAAGCUGCGAUAUGCCGCAUUGUCGCUGCGGCGGGUCAGCUCGCUGCGAGUGUGCAGGUUCCGUUUUUGACGCUUUGUGAUGCUAGUAUGGGGUAUCACUUACCGUCGUGUAUGCGGUUGAUGGAGGCGUCGCAUGUUGUUGAGAUUUUGCGUGAGGCUGGGGAGGGCGGGAUGCAUGUGGAUGAUAUUUCGAAGCGGAAUGGUGUGCAGGCUUCUAAGCUCGCGCAUGUCCUGCGACUACUCGCGACGCAUCAUAUACUACGUGAAAUAUCCCCGGAUGUGUUUGCGCUGAAUCGGAUUUCGUCGAUGGUUGAUUCGGGGAAGAGUGUUGAAGAGUUGAGGAGGUUUCAGGAGAAUGGGGUGCCAGAGAUGAAAUAUCGGGAUACGAAUGGCGUCGCUGCGUUCGUGGGUCUUUGCACCGACGAGAUCCAAAAAGCGUCCGCGUACCUCACAGAAACGUAUUACCUUUCUUCGUCGGCGCAGACGCGCGCGGGGACCGAGCCGGGUAAAGCGCCGUUUUGCUUUGCGUUUGGGAUGGAGAAGAGGGGUGUGGGUUUUUUCGGGUGGUUGGAAGGCCAGGGUGGGGGUGCAGGUCUGGAAGAGGGGGAUGGAAAUGAUGGGGAUGGUGGUCAUGAUGAAGAUGACGCUGUCGAAACUGGGAGAGGGGGUGUAUUCCCGCCUGUCCUUCUCCCUUCCACAAAUACAAGCUCACCCUCAGCAGCAGCAGCAACAGCAGCGCCGACGGCCUCGGAUAACAAUCGCACUACACUCGCCCCAGAGCCGGAGAGACCGCGCAAAAAGGAUGUAAUGGCAUUUCGACAUACGAAUAUGCCGACUGUGACAAAGGCAGAGUCGACUUCGACAUUGAAGAAUGCGAAUGCGAAGAUUGGAAAGUCGCAGCUUACGUCUAGGGGGUAUAAGGUUGCCUCUGUGAAACUGGUGGAUGAUCAGAAGAGUGUGCAGAUGAGUGCGAGUGCGGCGAGGAGUGGUAGUAGUACGGAUUCAGAGUCGGCGUCGGUCUUACCUUCUACUGGGAAGCGCAGCUAUGAAAAGGUAGAUGGGGCUCAUGGGGAUCUGAAUGAUAAUCCGAAUAGAUUCAGACUCGAACGGUUUGGGAAAGCGAUGUCGGGCACGGAUGGAUGGGAGGCGCCUGGUGCUGCUCUGAAUGGAUUUGAUUGGAGCUCGUUACCGCGCGGAAGUGUUGUGGUGGAUGUAGGAGGCGGCAUCGGGUCCACUAGUAUGUUACUCGCGACUGCGUUUUCUUCUUACUCCACCACCACCACCUCUUCGUCGUCGGAUCAUGCUGCACAACAGACGUCUGGGCAGGUGCAGGUGGCAGAAGACGAGCCGGAAGGUCCAAUGCUUAGGUUUGUCAUCCAGGACCGGCCUGUGGUGUGUGAGAUGGGCGAAAAGGUGGGUUUGCGUGAUGGUCUGUGGGUGUAUCUGGGUGUUGACUUUGUUUCUAAGGCAUGGAAAGCAAAAUGUCCUGAACUCCUCAAGUCCACCGCUCGAUUUCAAGUACACGAUUUCUUUACACCGCAACCGAUCACGAACGCCGCUGUAUUCCUCCUACGCGUUGUACUGCAUGACUGGCCGGAUGUGUUUGCGCGCAAGAUUUUGUUGCGGUUGCGCGAGGCUGCGCGGGCGGAGACCAAGUUGGUUAUUGCGGAUUUUGUGCUGCCGCUGGCGUGUGAGGAGGAGUUGGGUGUUUGUUCUGAUGCUGGUGUCGGUGCAGAGGGCUUUGGGGCAGAAAAGGGAGAAGGAGGAGGAGGAGGAGAAGCAAAGGGGUUGUUGGAUGGGAUUGAGGGUGCGCGUACGGAGCCUGCGCCUAGACCGCUGCUUGCGAAUCUGGGCAAGGCGAGUGCGAAUGUGUAUUGGAUGGAUUUGACGAUGCAGGUCAUGUUCAACUCGCAGGAACGGACGUUGCGCGAGCUUGCGUUGCUUGCGUUGUCGGCGGGAUGGAAGAUUGUGAAGGUGACGCGGACGUCGGGGUCGUUGUUUGGGUAUCUGGUCGCUGUGCCGGUCGACAUUCCCGCUCAAUACCAAGACAUCGAUAUCGAGGAGAAGACACACGUUCCUGUCAAGCGCGAGGUUGAAGAUGAUUACGAGAGACGGAGAUAUAGAGAUAAGGAGGAUAUGGAGAUGAUCGAGCGUGCGUCGUCGCGCUGCGGUACACCUACAUUUGGCUCCAACACCCGUCUCUCGUCUGUUGAAGAAGCGCUCGCGCGCCUGGGAGGAGGGAUCAUGCGUGCGAAGACCAUGGGCAACUCUGCAAGACAGCUCCCCACAAUCACACCGCUCAAGCCAGCUCUGUCACUCUCGACGACGGUGGGUGCGAAGGCAAAGGUGAAGAAGAAGCCGUCGCCGCUCUCUGUCCCGCUGCUACGCUCUGGGUCGUCGCCGUCGCCGUCGCCUGUAGCUUCUCCGCCGCCGUCUUCUAGGAAUGUUGGGUUCAAGUCGACGCUGGGGUUACCUGGCUCGUCGCAGGCUGCGAAUAUGCAGACGACUCCCCCGUCAAGACAUACACAUUCACACUCGCAGUCGCAUCUCUUGCAGCUUCCGCCUCGUUCGCCCGGUGCGAGGGUGAUUCCGAGGAGGAUGUCGCUGGCGUGUCUGAAGGUCCAGAGCUCGUCGCAGACGCAGACUACCACCAACCCUGUGCAGACAUUGCUCGCUUCUCCGCAGAGACAGCUGCUUCCUUCGCCCCUGUCGCCGUCGUAUACACAUUCUUCUCAGGCCGAGGCAAACGCGCAGACGAUUACGUCUCCUAAAGCCCAAGGAGGCCCGGCCAAGAUGAAAAGGAGGGCGUCGUACGCGCAUCUCUCGCAUACACAUACGAGCUCAGUGUCGCCUGGUUUCUUUCCCCCGACGAGUAUGAUACCUGUCAGGGUGCAAGGUGAACUGCACUCCCAGCCGCCUGUGUCGCCUGGGACUGGAACGAGCACCGGUAUCAGUGCGAGGUACAUGACACCAUCAGCAGCAUCGACUUUGGCUUCGACGUCGUCGGCCUCCUCCUCUGCGUCAGCGUCGACGGCGUCGUCUAUAGCUGGCUCACCGCUUCCUUUUGCAAACCCUCCUUCACAUUCUCAUACACCGCUUCCUCGUGGAUCGAAGACACUGGGCCCUGCGCGGAGAGCGUCGAAUGCGCAUUUGACAUCGAUGUUCGCUGCGUCUGCGCUUAGCCCUGGGGGAGGAGUGGGUAGGGCAGGAGGGGCGACGUAUCGUAAACGCUCUGGGACGGUCGUUGUUGGCCCGUCUAUUAGCUUGCGGCCCGGUGAUGCUGUUGUUUUGCGGUCUGCUGGUGAUGGUGAAGCUGAUGUAAGGGAUGUCGAUGAGACGGAAGACGAGAGGAGCGCGAGAGAGUGUGGAAAUUUACGUGGCGGAACUGCCUCGAGUACGAUUUCGAUUCGGGAUAUGGAUGCAUCGCUACACUCGACUCCAUAA